CGAGACUCCGUCUCAAAAAAAAAAAAAAAAAAGAAGCCCCACGGGCCUUAGUCCUUUUGAACUGGUAUACGGGCGCCCUCUCAUGCCGCAAGAACCCCCUACUCUACCCACACCAUUAGCACCCUACCUGCCAUACCUUUCUCUUUUAAGACAAUUACUGACUUCCUCUUCAUAGAACCCUUAGCCACUCUUCUCCCCGACUCCUCACCUAAUCAUUUAGAAGACCGAGCCUGGCAAGGUACCCUCUGUGACUUUAGCCAUAAUGAGCAUACUUUCUGCACCUUUGUUGAUAUUAUCAUGGUUAACUAUAAUCCCAGUAACUCCUCUUACUACUCCUAACUUUGUGUGGAGAUUCUCUAUCACUGAGACUUGGACCACAAAUAACCAAGUUCAUUCAGUCAUGCAAGGUACUGCAGAUUGCCCCCCGCUAGGUUGCCAACAGGCCAUCUACUUAAACUUCACCCUAAGUUCCCUCACUCCAGGCUAUCGCCCGGCCCUGUGCUUCCUAUAUGACCAGACCUACUAUAACUGCCGGAACUACUGGCAAGAGGCUAAUGUUGGGUGCCCCUACUCUUACUGCAACAUACAUCAGUUAGGUUGGACAGGUGGGCGUCUACAAAUGACAGCAAGCAUAUUUACCCAGGACGAAAAUACUAAAAAAUACAGACUUCUCAUCAAAGAUCCUUGGGAUUCCCGGUGGGCCAGUGGGGUAAAAGGCGGACUUUAUUCAACAGUCAGUUCCUCAUAUCCAACCGCAACCAUCCGGGUAAUUAGAACGUAUGUCCAACAGAUACAAUUCCCUAAAACUGUGCAGGCUCUACAAAAUCUAACCACAGUCAUACAACAACGCGAACAAAAACUACAGGAACAGUUAAACCCCCCAAACAACAAAGACCCAUUCUCAUGGUUGGCCCUUAUUCGUCUAGGACUUAAUCUAUCGCAGGCAGCCGGACUGAAAAAUCUUUCCCAAUGCUUUCUCUGCGCUACUCUCGGCAAAGCCCCCUUUUUGGCAGUCCCCCUACCAGCCGCUUUCAAUACUACCAAUGACUCUACCGGCUCACUUCAAUCAGCACCCCUGUCUCAAGUCCCCUUAUAUCAUAAUCCACAAAGUCUACCCCUUCCCUUGUGUUACUCCACUCCAAAUUCUUCAUGGUGCAAUCACACCCAAGCUCCCAGUAAAACCCAGACGGCUCCCCUUGGCGGCUACUUCUGGUGUAACCAUACCUUAUCCAAAACUCUUAACUAUACCUCCCUCACCCAGUCUCUUUGCGUUCCAGUGUCCUUGGUACCCAGUUUAACCCUAUAUGGUAAAGGAGAACUGUCUGAACUAACUUCUCAGCUCACUAUUCCUAGCCAAAAAAUCCAAAAACGGGCUAUCUUUCUUCCAUUAGUUAUUGGGGUUUCCGUAGCAUCCUCCCUAGUAGCCUCAGGACUUGGAACAGGGGCCCUCGCCUACUCAAUUCCAUCCACACAGACCCUCUCCACUCAGCUCCAGGCAGCCAUAGAGGCUUCAGCUGAAAGCCCAGCCUCUUUACAGCGUCAGAUCACCUCAGUGGCUCAGGUAGCGGCACGAAAUAGGCGGGCAUUAGAUGAUCUUACUGCUGAAAAGGGAGGAACAUGCCUUUUCCUUGGAGAAGAAUGUUGCUACUACAUAAAUGAAUCAGGCCUAGUUGACACCAACAUUCAAAGAUUAAACAAAAUCAAGAAAGAACUCCAACAAUUUAACAGCCCUUUAGUACCCGGACCCCCUGUAUGGCUGCUGCCAAUAGUACAACAAAUGCUUCCUUUCCUAAUCCCCAUACUAAUUAUCUGCAUUAUUUUAUGUUUUGCUCCCAUUUUUAUAAAAUUUCUCCGAGCCAGGGUCCAAGAAAAUUACUCGAGUUUCCUCCAAUCAAAUGCUCCUACACCCUUACACCCAACUGCCAACCUCAGACCCUAACUACGCCCCUUAACAGCAGGAAGCAGCCAGAGAGAAAACUGCGCCCUAAAAUCUUAUAAUCAAUAAGAGGUUGGACUGUUUGGGUGAAGGAAUGGGCCAAGAUGGAGGAAAAAUGAACAAGAAAGCAUAGUCCCUGUUGCUUCCGAGUUCUUCACCACCAAUUUACCCGCGCCCGGGAAAGCACAAACCAACUGAGCAUGCGCCAAGUGACGUCAACCUGAAGAAAUCAAAACUUACCCAUCCAUGCCCCUGAAGACACCCCCGUCCCACCCACUGCCCUCCCCUUUCCAGUCGCAAGGCAUAAAAAUCUGUCGCCGGCGAGUGCCGGUGCGACUUCUCCGGCCCGCGACUUCCCUGGCCCUCCCUACUUGCGGACCAGAGAACCUUGCCCGAGAGCGCGUGCAUAUUUGCAAAUAAAGGCUACCACUUUCUUUAUUUGA